GGGGAUAAAAGGCCUGGCGGGAAGGAACAAGAUUUUCACCGGACCUACCCGCCGCUGCAGUCUCACCUGAAGAUCCAUCCGCCGCCGCCACCUCACCUGAGGGCCCACCCGUCGCCGCAGCCAUGCUUUCCAUCCCACCCGCCGCCACCGCCAUGCUUUCCGUCCGCCGCCCGCUCGCCACUCUCCCGGACCCACAGCAGCUGCAGCUCUCGCCCCUAAAGGCGCUCAGCCUAGCAGACAAGGAGAACACGCCGCCGGCCCUCAGUGGCACCCGCGUGCUGGCCAGCAAGACCGCCCGCAGGAUCUUCCAGGAGCCGAGAGAGCCGAAAACGAAGGCACCAGCCCCCAGCGUGCAGGACGAACCACUGCUGAGAGAGAACCCCCGCCGCUUUGUCAUUUUCCCCAUCGAGUACCAUGACAUCUGGCAGAUGUACAAGAAGGCCGAGGCUUCCUUUUGGACAGCGGAGGAGGUGGAUCUUUCCAAGGACCUGCUACACUGGGAGACCCUCAAGCCCGAGGAGAGGUACUUCAUUUCGCACGUCCUGGCGUUCUUUGCAGCGAGCGAUGGCAUCGUGAAUGAAAACUUGGUGGAGCGGUUUAGCCAAGAGGUUCAGAUCACGGAAGCCCGCUGCUUCUACGGCUUCCAGAUUGCCAUGGAAAACAUACACUCUGAGAUGUACAGCCUCCUCAUCGACACUUACAUUAAAGAUUCCCAGGAGAGGGAGUUCCUCUUCAACGCCAUAGAGACAAUGCCUUGUGUCAAGAAGAAGGCAGACUGGGCCCUGCGCUGGAUCGGGGACAAAGACGCCGCCUAUGGAGAACGUGUCGUGGCUUUUGCUGCAGUGGAAGGAAUCUUCUUUUCUGGAUCUUUCGCAUCCAUCUUCUGGCUCAAGAAGCGAGGACUGAUGCCUGGCCUCACAUUUUCCAAUGAACUUAUUAGCAGAGAUGAGGGUCUGCACUGUGACUUUGCCUGCCUGAUGUUCAAACACCUGGUACACAAACCUUCGGAGCAGCGAGUGAAGGAGAUCAUCAUCAACGCCGUCAGGAUAGAACAGGAGUUCCUCACCGAGGCCUUGCCAGUGAAGCUCAUUGGGAUGAAUUGUACUUUGAUGAAGCAGUACAUCGAAUUUGUGGCCGACAGACUCCUGCUGGAGCUGGGUUUCAGCAAGGCUUUCCGAGCAGAAAACCCAUUUGACUUCAUGGAGAACAUUUCACUGGAAGGGAAGACCAACUUCUUUGAGAAGAGAGUAGGCGAAUAUCAGAGGAUGGGAGUGAUGUCCAGCCCCACAGAGAACUCGUUCACCCUGGAUGCUGACUUCUGAAUGAACCGAAGGUCUGCUCUUACUUGCUGAUGGCUUUUUUCCUUUGCAAAAGCAAAGUUGGCUGCUUGGUGUCUCGACCAGCUAUAUUGCAAGUUACCCAUAAUGUUGUUAAUGACCUUUACCACACUGUUAAUCCUUAUGUUUAUGGUGCUAGGGCUGUCACCUGGGACAAAGUGUCCUCAAAAGCUUCUUAUGAAAGUUCUUGUCCCAGUUUGGCUCCCACAAGGCUGUCAGAAGACACCGGCCUCCCUGCUUCAGAGCGCACUUGACAGUUUACUUGUGUGUAAAACUGGCACUUCAUAGUCUGUGGUGCUAACACGAGGACCCUGUUUAGCCUAACUUGGGUAGUUUGCACACCAAAAUGCAAAGUGUUCAGUUAACCACUAACAUGAGCCACCUCAGAAUUUACCAGGUGAGCAAGAUAAGUUAAAUUGUGUAAUGUAAGCAUGUUAUUUCCCUUCAUUUUCUUUCAUGAGCCGAAGUGCCUCUUCAUCACCUUUCAGUUCAGUCCUGUGCACACCUACGUGUUAGCCAGGGCUGCCCCACAGGCAGGUGAGGUCUCGAAUCCAGGAGCACAAGUCCAGUGUCACAGGAUGAGAAAUGGAGGCACUUCUGGCUGAAAUCUUUAAGCACGGAGUCUGGUCUGUGCAGACUGCCCGUAACCUGGGUGGGGGCCUUUUUAUAUUUCAGGCUGCAUUUUCCCAACUUCAGUUAGUGUGAAAGAUCUUUGAAGGUUCUUAGGAGCUGGGAUCUAGGCUAGGACGGUAAACUGAUUUUCAAAUUAUCCUUGAACAAAAUGACCCAGCUAAGGUCUUGCUCCCAUUUAGCGGUGAAACCAGGGUUUAGAUUGGCUUUGCUGGAAUUGCGUUUUUUCUGAUUUUGUAUAACUUGUGUGUAAAUAGGUAACCUCCAUUUCUAUCUACUACAUACCUCGUACAUUCGAAAGUGUUUUUAACACUCCAUCCUUUUUACGCUGGUUUAUCCUUUGAAAUAAUCAGCCAGCCUUAGCUUGCAGUUCAUAACUGGUCUAUAGUCUUUGGUGCAGUUUCUUCGGGAAGUAGUGUUCUGUGUGCUGUUACGCACAUUCCAUUCAAGUACCAGUUUCAGAAGCCAGUGUAAACUAAGACACAGAUCGGUCCUUCGGCCCCACUUGUUAACAGGUGCACUGGCUGACCCCCGGCCUCUGCAGCUGUCAGAUUUCUGUCACCUAUUGUACAAAUGGUCAAAUUGUCCAUUUAAAGGUUCCUGUAACAUGCGACCCAUUUCUACCUUUUAAGUUAUUGUUAACUGACGCUGACCCAGGUUAUGUGGCCCUCACACUGUGUGAUACAAAAAUAAAGGCUGCCGUGCGUGUUGGUGCAGGUGGGGUCGGAA